AUCAUUGCAUUAUUGGCAGAAUCGAGGCCGCCAUGCCAGUUUCGCCCGCCAGCGAGGUCAGCGCUCUCAGCCUCAAUGGCAGAGCGUUCCUGGCACCACAGGCUUGGACAUCGCAUGAUUCAGUGCUAGUAAUUAUGGAUGGAUAAUUUGCAGCGGCGUGUGCGUUGAACAAAGCGAGCUGGGAGCGCCAAGCUUCCCGCUUUUCGUUGCCCGGUUCAAGGUUGGAAGUCCUGGUCAACGAUAGGGCUAACUGACAGCCGGUGGUUGGCACAGGUGAGCCGCGACGAGAGUUUGACCAGUCUGAGGCAAUUCCGCUGACCAGUACGGGGCUCAGACUGGCCAGUCGCCGCGCGCCAUCGCGAUAAAUAGCGGUCGUCUUUCACAGGUCAAACAACACUUCAGCAGUGUAUACGCCUCCUACCAGCACUUAUUCUCCUCCUGCAAGCGUCUUAAGUCCUGUGCCUCGCACUACUUCUGCGACCAUGGCCCUUACAAUUGCUCGCGUCGCUGUGGGCGCCUUCGCGCUGCCCUGUUUCCUCAUCUUCUGCAUCUUGAUGAUUGUGCCCACUGCCCUGAUGGUCGGCGCGUGGUCCGCCCUGGCGAUGCUGCUCAAGGCCAUGCCGGCCUCGAAGUCGGUGCCGACCCUGGGCCGCCAGGACAUGCGCAUUAGCGAUAUGGGCGCGGAGCAUGUCAGCGAGUCGGCUGAGGCGAUGCCCGGCAAGAGUCACUCCGCCCUCGCCGAGCCCGUGCCGGCAACCGCGGUGCCCACCACCGAGACCUUCGACCCCGCCCCCACCUCCGACUGCCCCACCUCCGACUCCUCGUCUACCUCCUCCCUCGCCACAGCCCUGGUGCCCUUCACGCCCCUCACCUCCCUCGACCGCCAAGCCUGCUCCCUCGCCAUGUCCGUCACGGACGAGGACACGAAGGAGACCACCACGUACGUGGGCACCCUCGGCCUCGACCUCAUCGAGCAGGCCGCCGAGUGCAUUGCCCUGUGCGACGACGAGACUGUGAUCGCCUCGCACUGGCACCAGCAGAUUGAGAUUGGCAAUGACCUGCGCAAGCAGUUUGCCGCUGCGGGCGGCAUGGAGAUAUGCGCCAAGAUCACCGAGUGUGUGAAAGGCUGGACUGCGCUGGCUAACGCCGCCGAGAUCAGGAGCCAGUUCUACAGCCUGCGGGCCACGGGCUUCAUAAUUGCGGCGGCCGGGGGUGCCACGCAGUCGGUGCUGCGGCUGCGGCCCUGCUGAAUGGACGACACGCAAAAGUGACACGAGCGUGUGCGCACGUGUGGGCCUCCCAUUCAAUCAAA